CAAUAGACAAAAAUCAAAUGUCCAUUAACUUUAUAUUCAUGUUUUCUAUUGUUUUCUCGUUGUUCUCCUUUUACUCGGCGUCAAAUUGAUUGUUAUUUUGUUGGUUAUUACGUGUGCGCACUAAUCGCCACAGUUUAUUUGUUAUUAUUGUUUCGUGGGCGCUUUUCACCAACAGUUAUAUAAAAACAUUUUUACUUAAAUCUAGUAAUAGGUAGCGGCUGACCGAACUUUGUCAUAAUGCCAAUUAAGAUAAUCAUCAUCGGGGCUGGAGUUGGUGGUACGGCUGCAGCUGCUAGGCUAAGCAAAAAAGGAUUUGAUGUAAAAGUUUACGAAAAAAAUUCAUAUAAUGGUGGAAGAUGUUCAAUAAUAAACCAAAAUGGACAUCGAUUUGAUCAAGGUCCAUCAUUAUACUUGAUGCCGAAAAUUUUCGAAGAAACAUUUGAAGAUUUGGGAGAAGACAUUAAUGACCACAUCGAAUUAUUGAAAUGUCCAUCUAAUUAUAGCGUACAUUUUCAUGAUGGAAAACAGUUUGAACUUACCACUGAUUUGGCUAAACUAUCUCGUUCAUUAGAAAGAUAUGAAGGCAGUAACGAAUCUACGUUGAUUAACUUCUUAAAAUUUUUAAAAGAAUCUCACGUGCAUUAUCAGAGAAGCGUUAAGGUUGCACUCAAAACAGAUUUUCAGCAUUGGUAUAACGUUUUUCAUCCGAAACUUUUAUCAGACGUAAUACAACUACAUAUUUUGGAUACCAUUUACAACAGAGCAUGUAAAUAUUUUAAAAGCGAUUACAUGAGAAAAGCUUUCACAUUUCAAGCUAUGUACUUAGG